AUGUCCGGCGGCGCCGCCCUAGCCUCCCAGCCCCAGCCCUCCGCGCCCCCGUCGCAGCCGCAGCAACAACAGCAGCAGCAGCAGGCCAGGGAGCAGCUGAAGAAGGCGGUGGAGAUGAACGCGGUCCGCCUGCAGGCCAUCGGCGAGCGGAUCAGGGGCCACUUCCGCGGCGGCUCCUACGCGCUCGCGCCCGCCGACCUCUCCCACCUCGUCUACGCCCUCGCCAGGGGGAUCGAUUACGCGCUGUCGGGCGGUGACAUUCCUAAGAUCGCGAGUGAGAUACCAGACACUCUGAGAAAGGUAUAUGAGCUGAGGAAGGAUCCAUUUCUACAAUCUUCUGUCAUGGUACUGAUCAUAUCAUGCAAGAAUGCUUGUAAAAACAAAUGGUUUCAGCCUUCAGAUUACAUUGAUAUUCUCAGAAUGGCUGAUGAGCUAUCUGGCAGCUUCUGCACGAACAGUAGCGAGCCAGCUAAUGACAGCACCGUGCUUGAAAUCAUUUCAACAGUAAUGCCAAGGUAUUAUCCUAAGUUGAAGUUCGACCGUCUAAUCACUUCGCUGGAAGCAAAGGUUGGAUAUGAUAUUUUGAUGGCUGACUUCUUUAUUCAUAGAAAUCUACCUAAACAUGAAAAGAUUUGUCUAGUUGUUGUCCAAAAGGAAAAUUUAGAUGUCUCAUCAUGUAUUGCAAGCCCCCAGCAUGUGAGCUUUUUAGUAAACGGAAAAGGUGUGGACAAGAGGACUAAUGUUUCAAUGGAAACAGGACCCCAGUUCCCCACUGAUAUCACCAAGAUGCUCAAAUAUGGUGCAAACAUUGUACAAGCUGUUGGAUAUUUUACUGCUAACUACAUCAUAGCUGUAGCAGUUGUGAACAAUUUGAUGUCUUUUGAUGCUCCAAAACUCGGUGACUAUGCCCAACCAGUUACAACAGAUCUUCCUGAUUCAGAUUCAGAUAUGCUACUUGAAGGGCCAUCAAGAGUUUCCCUAAAGUGCCCCAUAAGUUUUAGGCGUGUGCAAACCCCAGUUAAAGGGCGUCUAUGCAAACACCAUCAGUGUUUUGAUUAUGACAGUUACAUGGAUAUUAACUCGAGGAAACCAACCUGGCGCUGUCCAUGUUGUAAUACUCCUUCAAAUUUCAUUGACAUUCGAAUUGAUCAAGAGAUGGUCAAGAUUUUACAAGGGACUGGUAAUGAUAUCAUGGAUGUUCUUGUAUUCCCGGAUGGAUCUUGGAAAGCUGUUUCAGUUCAUGAUGAGAAAUCAGAUAAACAUGGUGACGCAAUUCAGCAGAAUGGGGACACUGUAGAAACUGAUGCAACUCCUUCAGAUGUUAUAGACCUAAUAAACAAGGAUGAUGAUGGUGAUCUGCCUAUGAGCUCGGCAUCUCCCUCAGAAGAUUUGAAGCCUGUGUUGAAUAGUCAAGAUAUAUCUGUCAUGGACUAUCUUCCGAAUUUCCCUCUAAGCACAGCCACUCAGUCAGAAGAUAUGUAUGUAGGAGGUGGAACUUCAACUUCUGGCCAAAAUUUGUUACCUUCAUCUAGUGGCGGACCUGGCUCUAGUUCAAUUGGGACCUUGGAGUCUAUUCUCCCUAGAGAUAUCCUGCAAAUGCAACCUGCUACCACACGUGCCAUCUCUCCUUCUGAAACCUCCAAUUUAACAUCUGUCAUGCAACAAGUUUCACAAGGAUACCCCAGUAUUAUGCAGAUGCAAUCACAGCUAGAUUCUUUACUUCGAUCAGCACAUCAUACUAGAAAUGUCAGGAGAGAGCCUGUAGCAGUCCAGGCUCUGGCAGUGCCACAACAUAAUUCAUCCAGAAGGGUGCAGCCAAAUGUCUCGAAUUGUCCACCUCCCACCCCACAGUCCAUUUCACCUUCUUCAAACUACCAAGCACAUCAUGUGACAAAUGCAGACAGUGUAAUCACAUCGAUGGUUAAUGGUGUUGGGCCACUCUCAAGGGCUCCUGAUGGUUCCUCACCAUUCCAUCUACAGUCGACACAACAGGAUAUGCACAACAUGCCAAACCAUCAACGUGGUCGGGUUAUGGGCCUUGCUGCAAAUCCCUUCAUGCAUAUGAGACCGCCGACAGGAGGCCCUGGACAGGGUAGAGGUGCUAAUGCCUAUGGAGCUCCCUACCCUCAACAAUAUCAGCAAUAUGACCAGCGACAAUUCGACAAUCUAAUAGGCCAACUGGUGAACCGAGGCGUUGCAGUUAGCCAGGCCACACCAGGCCAUCUCUACGUUCCCCAGCAGAGCCAGGCAACGAGAACGCAUGCAGUGUCCCGGCAGUCUACUCCACCAGUGCAACCGCGCGUGCAGUCUCCUGGCCUAGCACCUACUGCUCCGCGUGUGCAGUCUCCUGGCCUAGCACCUACUGCUCCGCGUGUGCAGUCUCCUGGCCUAGCACCUACUGCUCCGCGUGUGCAGUCUCCUGGCCUAGCACCUACUGUUCCGCGUGUGCAUUCUCCUGGUCUACCACCUCCUUCUCCGACUCCCGCUACGCCCCUGCUCGAGGACCCCGAUGUCCCGGAGAUCGAGAUGGAUCCGAACUGGCAGCCCACGGGGCAGAUGAGGGGGAGCCUGGUAGGCUCUGCUUACGAUCAAGCAAUCGAACGGUAUCUGCAGCCUGGUGGUGGUCAGCGGACAAAUCAGGCUCGGCCACCUGGCAGGUAA